GAAGCGAGGCCAAAGCCUAGAGGGAAGGAGCCAGUUCCCGGUGGGAAGCAGUUCAGAAAGCUCCCUGCUACACCGGCCAUGGUACUCCCUCUGCCCUGGCUCUCAUGUUGCUGCCGUCGCCUCCUCCUGCCUUCCUGGCCUCUGGCCCCCCAGGGCUCCUGGAGGUGCUGCUCCCAGAGCCCCAAGGCAAGCACAGAAGAGCAAACCAGCUCCACAUGCAGUGGGAAGAUAAGGUCAUCCCCAAGGGGUCCCCGGCCCCGCCCCACAGCUGAGCUGGCUCAAGCCGAGGAAUUGCUGGAGCAGCAGCUGGAGCUGUACCAGGCCCUACUGGAAGGGCAAGAAGGGGCCUGGGAAGCCCAAGCCCUGGUGCUCAAGAUCCAGAAGCUGAAAGAACAGAUGAGGAGACACCGAGAGAGCCUAGGAGACGCUUAAGCUUCCCACCAGUUCCUACUUUACCUUGGGUCAGAAACAUCCCAGCCCCUCCCAAGCCACUAAGAAAAAUGGAAGACACCUCCACAAAGGGCAGCAACUGGGAAGUAGCAAGGAGCCAUGGCCUCUGCAUUCUUAGUCACAUCACCCUCCCCUCUGACCCCUUGUCAACUGACCUGGGCCCCACAGCAAGGCACACAGUC